AUGAUCACCGUCUCCUUCGUGCGAAAAUACGACUUAGCCACACGAUGGAAAAAAACAUCUGAUAUCGGCAACGAGGGAGAAAAGAAGUUGUCUACUACGAUUGCGUACUCCUUGUCGCAAGAUGACAUCGAGGAUGACGCAAACGUGGAAUACGAAUUGCGGCUCAGAAGAUUACGAGCCUGUGCUGAGCGUGCCUCGAAGCCGCUCACGACAAAUCUGGAUCGAAUUUCGAAGAACACCGAGGAAUGUUAG